CGUACGAUACGAUUUUGCAUGUCAUAAUGAGCAACUGGAAGCGGCUCACGCCCGAGCUGAUUUCCGAAAUCGCUGCUCGAACGCCGGAGAACGAUGUGUGCACAUCGCUCAAACUCGUGGACAGCGAGACCGCAGCAGUAUUACGGGAGAGAUAUAGAACCGUUACGCUGGGCCCGAAGCCAGAGGAUGACGACGUGGACAAGAGCAGUGCUCACAAGCCUUGGCCCGGACCCGCAUUCGUGGCACACUGGGGGCGCCCCGAGCCCUGGCGCGCGCUGACGCUCCGUCAGCGGCAGCGCCUGCUGUGCCUAGCCGCGAAUUCAGGCCACGUAGCCAGCCUGGACGCGGCCCUGGCCAACAGCGGCACCGCUUUGCUGUGGGAGGUGCUGGCGGCGGCCGCCGCGUCGGGCAGCGCGGCAGCAUGCGCGCGGCUGCUGCAUGGCGGCUGCUCCUUCGGCGUGCGCGCCCUCGUGUCAGCUGCGCGCUCAGGUGAUCUGCAAGUGCUGCAGCUGCUUCUGGAUCGCGCCUGCGCCGGAUCCAAUAGCCGGCAGGCGGCGCUGAUGGUUGCGGCCAGCGGCGCCGGCGCCGGCGGACACGACCACAUGUUCGAGUGGCUGCAGCGGGACCAAGGUUACAGCCCUGGGGUCAGGGACGUGGAGGAGGCGGCGCGGCACGGCCACGUGGAGCUGUUUGAGCGGCUGCUGCCGCCGCUGCUGGAGCGCCAUGCGCCGCCAGUGGAGGUACAGGAGGGCGGCGGCGAGGAUCCAGCAGCGGAGGCGCAGGUUCCGCCCUAUGAGAGGAGGCGCCGCGGCGUGCGGUGGCAGCUAUUGGCUGCCGUGGCGCGCGGCUGUCCACUGGAGGUGCUGCAGCGGCACUACGACGCGCUAUGGGGCUGGCAGCGGCGUAGGGCGGCGGCGCCGACGGCUGAGCUAGGCAACGAGUUCGAGGGGACCGACGUGGGACGCGACUUCGCGGCAUCGGCGUUGCUGUCGUCGGCUGUGGGCAGCUCCGUGGAUUGGGCCGCCAAGCUGGGCUUCCUGCUGUCGCGGUGGGGCGUGCGCGUGACGGGGCAGCUACUGCGUGAGGAGCGAGGCAACGGUUUGUCGCUGGAUGGCACGUCACAGCAGCCCGACUACCUGCACAGGCUGCGACAUAUGUAUGCGGCGGUGCCGGGCUGCGCAGCCGCCAUCAACCGGCAGGCGGCGCAGUGCGCGGCCGCCAGAGGCCGAGCCGACGCGCUGGUCUACCUACUGGACGAGUGCGGAUUGCGGCUGACCGCAGAUGACGAAGGCAUAGAGAGGGGCGUCGGGGACAUGUUUGGGGGAGACGCGGCGCUCUGCCACACGGCUGUUCUGCAGGCCCUGCAGGCGCGGGGGUGGGUGUUCACAGCGGCACACGCAGCACGGGCGGCGGUGCGGAGCUGGCGUGGCGACGCACUGCUGUGGCUGGCGGGGGAGGAGGGCGCUGUGCCCGGCGCGGGGGGCAGCGCGGCGCAGGAGCGGGUGUGGUGGUGUGCUGCGUUCACGGCUGCCGCGCAGCGUGGGGCUGGGGUUAGGCUUCUGGAGGCCCUGCGCGGUCGCGGCGCGCCCGUGGACCUGGCGGCGGUGGCUGUCGGCGGCAGCGAGGAGGGCUUGGAGUGGGCGGCUGCUCAGCUGCGGACGGAGAGGGACGAGCCGCUACAGCCGCUGUCGCCAGACCAGGCGAUGCAGGUGUUCAACGCCGGAAACACCGCGGCCUUGGGCUGGCUUCGCGCACGAGGCCUGCUGCCGCAGGAGGGAUGGCUGCCCUCGAUACAAGACGUGUGCUUGCGCCUUCGGGCAUAUACGUUCUGGAAGCUACAGCUGGUGCUGCAGCUAGGUAAUGCAGCGGCAGAUCAGGCUGUGGGGCAGCUGGGGGAUGCACAGGCUGCGGCGGCGGGGGUCGCCCUGCAGGAGGUGACGCAGGCAGCGCUGAAGGACAUUGACCGGACCGGCGGCGUGCUGGUGCUGUUUGACGCGCCGGCGGUGGAGCACCAAUACAGCUGGCUGGCGCGGCAGCUGCUGUAGGUGGCUUUGGAGCGAUGGAACCGCAGGCGUGUGCAGUGUUCGCAAUGAUGAAGGUCGGCGGCGUGUCGGGCGCUAAAGCAAAGCACAGUGGGCCGGGUCGACUUUGUGCAUGUGAAUGGCUGUGUCGUGUAUGGAUUGAGGCAGGCCAUGGCGGCGAUGGAGGCAGGCCAGGGCGCGUUGUGUAGUGUCAUUGAGUUGCCCAAUAAAAUGCCGUAGUCAGGAUGCUGUCCAACUCUAGGCGGUGGACGGACUCCGCGUCUGCAUGGGGUUCGUGCCAGAGUCUGA